GGAGAGGGUUAUUCCAGGUUACUGGGAGCUAGCAGUAUGCUAGGACUAGCCACUGCCAGUGUGUGAGAGCGGUGCUGCUGAUUCAGGGAAUGACAUUUUUUCAUUGUUUGGAGAAAACUCCGCGGUCAUUCUUUGGAAUCUGGGGGAACGUUGGAUUGGCACCGACCCACACCUUGGAUUUGUCAAGAACGCCUGUGAGAGUCGUCGCUGGAACCGUCAGCCAAGAGGCUUGCGAGACUGAACUUCUAUAUUGACCCAACCCGUUAGUUUGCUAACAUUAGCAGUAGCCAAGCUAAUUAGAUAGCUAGUUUUCUACCAGAUCCAAGGGGAGAGGUGCAUCACAUUUCAGCUGGUCGGUUUACAGUAGCAUCACUAGACAGUUGAUAUUUUCAAUCGGCGUGCAUUUGUUCCUGUAUACUUUUAAGUAUUUUGUAGCAAUUUUGGUAACAAGCUAACGUUACUUGUUUGAGACAUGCAGGUAUCGUUGGCUAAAGGUGGCUAGACAGCUUGUUAGCUUAGUCUGCAAAUCUGAGUUUUGUUUUUAAUUAGAAAAACAAUGCCGCUAAUGUCAUGUUGUUCAUAUAGCCUGUAUGAGUUAUUGUAGUGCCACAAUAUGACAAAGAAACUUGUUGCCAUCCAUAAAUAUAUAAUAAGCCGCGCUGUCUCAGAGCGCGUUGUCCAUGGUCUGGUGUUGGGUUUAGUCUGAGUGAAGACAAUCGUAACGUUACUGGCUAUCAUUUAUUGCUGGUCUCCUCAAGUACGUUAUGUUGGAUAGAAAGAUCCAAGUUUUAACAUGACGUCUUGCAAGUAAUUUGAAGAAAGUAGCGUGUUGGGUAACGUAAACAGAUAUUUUGUGUUGCCUAAUGGAACGUAUUUUACUUGGUAACGUUAACCCAAUACACCGAUAGCCUGGACUUGGGGUAACGUUGAUGCUAUAUUCAGAUCAUAGAAGUUAACAUUAUUUGUGUAAUAAUUUUACUGAACAUUUUACGAUUUUCAACUCGGGUGUUAGAAGCUCAGUUUUCGUUCUGUAACAUUAGGUGCGUCAACCUUUAUCAUUAUUGAUUUCAUUGAGUCCGUCGAGGACGGCAACUCAGCGGGAAUAUGCAAUGUGGUUGUGCUUCGAACCAUUUCAACUAACGCAAGCUGAAGCCAAAUACUGAGCUUUUUGGAAGGACAAUGGCUGCCAGACUUGGGGACAAUCUAUAUCUGGAUGGAUUCUAACGUGUCUUGGACCUGCAUAUAUUGGACUCAAUUAAAAGCAGCCUGUCAGCCGGUUUAAUUUCAGCCACAAUAGCACGGAAACACACAGUCGGUCACCAUGGGCGAGAGCAGCCUGAGCGACUCCAAUGUGAAGGUCGCUGUAAGGGUCCGACCUAUGAACAGGAGGGAAAAGGACCUGAACACAAAAUGUGUAGUGGACAUGGAGGGCAACCAGACGGUCCUGCAACCUGCCGGCACAAACCUGGGGAAAUCAGACAGCAGAGCUCAGCCAAAGGUCUUUGCCUAUGAUUACUGCUUCUGGUCGAUGGACGAGUCAGAAAAAGACAAAUUCGCUGGUCAAGAUGUGGUGUUUCAGUGCCUCGGUGAAAGCCUUCUGGACAAUGCCUUCCAGGGAUACAACGCCUGCAUCUUUGCCUACGGUCAGACAGGUUCGGGGAAGUCGUACACCAUGAUGGGCUCGGUGGACCAGCCUGGCCUGAUCCCACGGCUGUGCAGCACGCUGUUUGAGCGGACGCUGAAGGAGCAGCGUGAGGAGGAGAGCUUCACCGUGGAGGUGUCCUACAUGGAGAUCUACAACGAGAAGGUCCGAGACCUGCUCGACCCCAAAGGGAGUCGACAGGCCCUCAGAGUGAGGGAACACAAAGUGUUGGGGCCGUACGUGGAUGGGCUUUCUCGUCUUGCUGUAGCCAGUUACAAGGACAUCGAGUCCCUGAUGUCGGAGGGGAACAAAUCUCGCACGGUGGCCGCCACCAACAUGAACGAGGAGAGCAGUCGGUCCCACGCCGUGUUCAACAUCAUCCUCACACACACCCUCAAAGACCUCAAGUCAGGGGCCGGUGGGGAGGUGAAUAGGGCGAGUCUGGUGGAUCUGGCGGAGGCGAGGAGCAUGGGUGGGGCCGCGGGAGGCAGCUAAAGCAACAUCAACAAGUCCCUGACCACACUGGGUCUGGUCAUCUCUGCGCUGGCAGACCAGGGAGCUGGGAAGAACAAGACCAAGUUUGUGCCCUACAGAGACUCCGUACUUACAUGGCUGCUCAAGGAUAGUCUGGGUGGCAACAGUCGCACGGCGAUGGUUGCCACGGUGAGUCCGGCAGCAGACAACUACGACGAGACGCUGUCGACUCUUCGUUACGCCGACCGCGCCAAGAGCAUCGUCAACCACGCCGUGGUCAACGAGGACCCCAACGCACGCAUCAUACGAGAACUCCGAGAAGAGGUGGAGAAGCUCCGAGUCCAGCUCACCCAGGCUGAGUCCCUUAAAGCCCCGGAGCUGAAGGACAGGCUGGAGGAGUCGGAGAAGCUGAUCAAGGAGAUGACCGUCACCUGGGAGGAGAAACUAAGAAAGACAGAAGAGAUCGCUCAGGAGCGUCAGCGUCAGCUGGAGAGUCUGGGCAUCUCGCUGCAGUCCUCUGGUAUCCGCGUUGGAGAGGACAAGUGCUUCCUGGUCAACCUCAACGCUGACCCCGCCCUCAACGAGCUGCUUGUCUACUACCUGAAGGAGCACACUAAGGUGGGUUCGGCCGAUUCGCAGGACAUCCAGCUCUGUGGGAUGGGCAUCCAGGCAGAACACUGUGUCAUCAACAUCACGUCGGACGGAAGCGUGCUUCUCACACCCUACCGCAACUCGCGAACGUGUGUCAAUGGUUCCCCGGUAACCAGCCAGCAGCAGCUUCACCAUGGCGACCGCAUCCUGUGGGGCAACAACCACUUCUUCAGGAUAAACCUCCCUAAGCGCCGUUCGCGGGGCGAGGAGGAAGAGGGUGAGGGCAACAUGAAGACCAGCACCAGCAACGAGCAGCUGGACGGCGACGGCGACUCGGCCAGCGAGGUGUCCAGCGAGGUCAGCUUCAGUUACGAGUUCGCCCAGACCGAGGUCAUGAUGAAGGCGCUCAGCAGCAACGACCCCAUGCAGGCAGUGCUGCAGAGCCUGGAGCGUCAGCACGAGGAGGAGAAGCGGUCAGCGCUCGAGCGGCAGCGUCUCAUGUACGAGCAGGAGCUGCAGCAGCUGCGCAAGCGGCUGCACCCCGACCGACAGAGCACGGGCGGCUCGCAGACACUCUCACAGGCGCCGCCCUCGCAGCACGCCCAGGGCGCGCAGUACCGGAGCUGGGAGCGCCUCAGCGUCGGGUCGACGUCCGCCAGCGCCCAGCAGAGGCUGCGACAGUGGAGCGAGGAGAGGGAGGCGGUGCUGACCCGGACCCUGCGUAAGCUACGAGAGCAGAUCGUCAAGGCCAACCUGCUGGUGCAGGAGGCCGGUUUCAUCGCCGAGGAGCUGGACAAGAAGACCGAGUACCGGGUCACUCUGCAGAUCCCCGCCGCUAACCUCAACGCCAACAGGAAGCGUGACGCGGUGCUGAGCGAGCCGGCCAUCCAGGUCCGGCGCAAGGGGAAGGGCAAGCAGAUCUGGGCCCUGGAGAAGAUGGAGAAUCGACUGGUGGACAUGAGGGAGCUCUACCAGGAGUGGAAGGACUACGACGACGACAACCCUGUGAUGCGCUCUUACCUGAGGCGGGCAGACCCCUUCUUUGACGAGCAGGAGAACCACAGUCUGAUCGGGGUGGCCAACGUCUUCCUGUCCUGUCUUUUCUACGACGUCAAACUGCAGUACGCUGUGCCCAUCAUCAACCAGAAGGGAGAGGUGGCGGGUCGUCUGCACGUGGAGGUGGUGCGUGUGGCGGGUGGUGUAGAUGAGAGCAUGGCGGGCGGAGAUGACAGCGAUGGCAGCCCAGAGGGGGAAGUGCAGGAGAGGAAGCUUGUCUGCAUGAUUAAGAUCCUGCAGGCCACAGGUCUGCCCCAGUACCUGUCCAACUUUGUGUUCUGCCAGUACUCGUUCUGGGACCAGGCCGAGCCGGUCAUCGUGGCGCCCGAGGUCGACCCCUCCGCCUCCUCCCCCACCAGCAAAGACCCCCACUGCAUGGUGGUGUUCGACAGCUGCAAGGAGCUGGCUGUGGCGGUGACGGAGGACUUCAUCGAGUACCUGACGGAGGGGGCGGUGGCCAUCGAGGUGUUCGGCCACAGGCAGGCACCGGACCCAGGCCGAAACCCCGCCCUCUGGGACCUCAGCAUCAUCCAGGCCAAGACGCGCACACUCAGAGACAGGUGGAGCGAGGUGACGCGUAAGCUGGAGAUGUGGGUGCAGGUUCUGGAGCUGAAUGAGGUUGGCGAGUACAUGCCCGUGGAGGUGAUCCCCGCCAGGGACGUCCGCACAGGGGGCAUCUUCCAGCUCCGACAGGGCCAGUCGCGGCGUAUCCAGGUGGAGGUGCGGUCUGUGCAGGACUCUGGCACCAUGCCGCUGAUUGUGGAGGCGGUGCUGGGCGUGUCUGUGGGGUGUGUGGAGAUACAACAGGCUCGGCUGCUCAAAGGCAACGACAACCAGCAGCCUGAAGGCGAUGAAAUGGACAGUUAUCAGGAGCGAGACCUGGAGCGGUUGAGGAGGCAGUGGCUAACUGCUCUCACGAAGAGGCAGGAGUACCUGGACCAGCACCUCCAGACACUGGUCAGCAAAGCUGAUAAGUCUGAGGAUGACAUGGAGCGGGAGGCUCAGCUGCUGGAGUGGCGUCUAACACUGACGGAGGAGAGAAAUGCAGUGAUGGUGCCCUCUGCUGGCAGCGGCAUACCAGGAGCACCGGCAGAGUGGGUGCCUGUUCCUGGGAUGGAGACGCACAUCCCCGUGCUCUUCCUGGAUCUGAGUGCGGAUGACUUCAGCUCCCAGGAGAACCUGGAGGCGCCGGAUGCGGGCGGGUGGGACGCCAUGCUCAACGCAGAGGACGAGGACGACUUCUUCGACCUGCAGAUAGUCAAGCACUAUGACGACGAGGUGACCACAGUCACUGAGUGCCAGGCGUCCCGGAACAAGCUCUACCUGACCAUCCGCGCCGUCGUCCAGCUCAGCCACCCCGCCGACAUGCAGCUGGUGCUGCGCAAGCGUGUGUGUGUCAACCUCAACGCACGGCAGCAGGGCUUUGCCCAGAACUUCCUGCGAAGGAUGUCGACGCGGAGCACCAUCCCGGGCUGUGGCGUGACGUUCGAGGUUGUGUCCAACAUUCCUGGGGAUGCCCAGGGCUCAGAGGACCGAGAGAUGCUCGCCCGCAUGGCUGCCAGUGCAGAGAACCCCAAAUCCUCCGACAACGAGGCGGCCAUCGAGAAGUACCUGCGUAGCGUUCUGGCCGUGGAGAACAUCCUGACUCUGGACAGGCUGCGGCAGGAGGUGGCAGUGAAGGAGCAUCUGGCCACUAAGGGCAAGGGGAGCAGAAGAAGCUUGAGCUCUCCUAGUGUGCACCGGCUGUCUGGAAGUAGACAGGACCUGAACUCCACGCUGGACGACAACAAGAACCGCUGGGAGAGCCAGCAGGACAUCUUUAUGACCUCCCCCCAGUUCAGCCGCACCCUCCCCAGAACCUCAUCUGCACACAGCCAGAACCAGAUGCAGAACCAGACCCAGAAUCAGAAUCAGGACUCUGAACAAGGUCUCUUAGGGAUCGCUGCUUCUUUUCUCCCCCCAGUCAAGGCCGUGGUGCCUCAGAUGCCCAAGCUGCUCAAGUCCCUGUUUCCUGCCCGUGACGACAAGAAGGACCUGCGGCCGUCUCCCCACUCCCAGCAGCACACGCCCAGGAUCAUGAUGCAAACCAGUGGCAACUCGGACGAUGGCCGAGCCAGGCUAGAGCCGGUGACUGUCCAAGGCAGAAGCCCGGCCCCUGAGCGCCAGUCGGACAGCCCCAACGCGCUCCCCUCCUCCACGCAUGACCCUCAGCAUGACACCCCCCUCAGCCCCAUCAGCGAAGCCUCCAGCGGCUACUUCUCCAGCAGCGUCUCCACGGCGACGCUCAGCGAGGCGGCCGGCGCCGUCCCCGACGCCACCACGACUGACCCAGUAACCCCACCUCUCCUCCACCCCACCACCUCCUCCUCCUCCUCCUCCUCCUCCUCUGUCGCCCACGUAGAAGCUUCCGGACUGAAGCCCCAGAGGACUGUGGGAGUGCAGGAGUCCGGUCCGGCCGAGCGCAACGGCGUGGCUCCUCCGCUCCGGCCGUCGGGUCAGAACAGCGCCGCGGUGCCUCAGCGGGUCCGCCAGUCGGAGCCCAUCCGACCAAUGAGAGGAGAGGACGCGCAGGAGGAAGUGGGGGGGAAAGGAGGAGGCGCUCUGGAGAAGCUGGAGAUCCUGUCGGACGAGGAGGCGGCUGGCCAGGGGGAGGUGGAGGUGCCCGCCUGGCUGAGAGUGGGCGAGGUGGUGUCGCUGGGCGGGGGGAAGACUGGCACCGUCCGAUACGUGGGCCAAGCCGACUUCUCCGAGGGCACCUGGGUCGGAGUGGAGCUCGACACGCCCGCAGGGAAGAACGACGGUUCUGUGGGCGGUCGGCAGUACUUCCGCUGUAGCCCAGGUUUCGGGGUUCUGGUGCGGCCGGACCGGGUGUCCCGUCGCGAGGGAGGCCGGAGGCACGCUGAGAACCGCGUCAGCGGAGAUUUCACCCGGCACGCAGUCCUGUCCCGGCCCAAGAUCGCCCCGGAGGCUGCUGCCCAGCGCAGAGAAAACCGCAAGUCGUGGAGCAGCUGAGAGCUGUGGGCCCCGUGCGGUCCAGUCCGGUCCGGUUCAGCCUGCGAGGAAGAGACCACUGAGACUCCCCAGCAACACCCCCUC